AUGCAACCAAUGAAUUUCUCUACAGUCUUGGUUCUGUUCCUGUGCUGUGUUUUUCAGCUGUCGUCUGCUUGGACCAUGAAUAAUUUCUUGAUGACUGGACCUAAGGCCUAUCUGACCUAUGCCAGCAGUGUGCAAGUGGGCGCACAGAGUGGGAUACGAGAGUGUAAACGCCAAUUCGCUUUGGAGAAGUGGAACUGUCCAGAGAACACGCGUUCCUUGUCCCCACAUAACGGCCUGCGGAGUGCCACAAGGGAAACUUCUUUCGUCCAUGCCAUCAGCGCCGCCGGAGUGAUGUACACACUCACUAAGAACUGUACAGCUGGGGAUUUUGACAACUGCGGCUGUGAUGACUCCAAAAUUGGACAGCCAGGCGGUGCAGGGUGGAUUUGGGGAGGAUGCAGUGACAAUGUGGCUUUUGGGGAGAAGAUCUCAAAACAGUUUGUGGAUGCGCUGGAAGAUGGGCAUGACUCGCGCGCAGCGGUCAACUUGCAUAACAACGAGGCAGGCAGACUGGCAAUCAAAGCAACCAUGAGGAAAGCCUGCAAAUGUCACGGAGUAUCUGGAAGCUGCACCAUCCAAACCUGUUGGAUGCAGAUGGCCGAUUUCAGAGAAGUGGGUAACUACUUGAAGAUGAAGUACAAACAUGCAAAGGAACUGGAAAUGGACAAGAAAGCGGCGAGAGCAGGGAACAGCGCUGACAACCGAGACGCAGUCACGCACACUUUUUUGAGCGUCGCUACAACGGAACUCAUUUACCUGGAGAGUUCUCCAAAUUACUGCGUCAAGAACCAGACCCUCGGACUCCACGGUACAGAGGGACGGGAGUGCUUUAAGGAGGACAAGAACAUGUCCCAGUGGGAGAAAAAUAGCUGCCGCAGAUUGUGCAAUGAAUGCGGCCUGAAAGUGGUGAAGAAGCGCACAGAGGUUUUCAUCAGCUGCAACUGCAAAUUUCACUGGUGUUGCACAGUCAAGUGUGAAAAAUGCAAGCGAGUUGUAGCCAAAUAUUUUUGUGCGCACAAAAGUGGGAAGAAAAAGAACAAAAAAGGCAGGAACAGUGCGCAUCAACAGUGA